GAUAGAAAAAAAAAUGUGUUUCCUUGUCCGUGUGUUUUGUGGGACAGUGCGUUUCAGUUAUUAAAUUGUAAUCUGUAAAUACAGCAUUACAUACAGUACAUGUUUUGUUUUACAUAUGUGUAAUUUUCGAAAGUUUAAUCUUUGUGCAUACUAACCAAAUCUAGUGUGUGGGAUUUUUUUUUGUUUGAUCGGGGGUUUAGCUGGUAGCUAGCGCUUAUUAGCUGUAGCAGGCUCAGUCGGGAGGCUAUGACUACAGAAUUACUGUCCGAUUUAGACAGCCGUUUCUUCGCCGAUAACCUUCUCACUAGCGAAGACUGGGGAACUUUCAUAGGAUUCUGCAGAAUUUUGGCUGCGUGUCCAGUCCUUUAACAAAUGCCUGUCUGUACCAGUGUGAGAGCAUGGAGGAGGGAGAGGAUGCGGAGUACACCGGAGGGAUGAAAUACAACACCAUGUUUGAUAACGAUCUCGUCCUUACACUUGAUCCUGACAACCCUACGUCGCCAUGGAAACACCUUAACGAUAACCUUCUAACAGGGGAAAACCCUGUUUUAAAAGAUGAUGCAACCAUUACGCAGCCCUUACCCGUGGAUAUGUUGUUUCAGGUGAAGGCCGAGCCCCUCUCCCCAGCGUCCUCCUUGGGGUCUGACUGCUCUCUGACGUCCACCCCGGAUUCCCAGGUGACGGUGAAAGGGGAGAACCCGCCGACUCCCCCCUACAUGUUCGGGGACAUCCUGUCACCCCCAGUAGGGACAUUACAGGUGACGGUGACCCCAUCUGCACAGCCGCAGUCCCAGGCGGCCCACAUUGCCACGCACACCAGCACUGACCCACAAGUGCAGGCCCCAGCAGGUCCCGUAGGUCCAGCGGUGCCCUCGGCCACAGCCCUCAAAGCCAACAGCAUCCUGAGCAGCAAGCCGCCCAUCCAGCCCCGGCCCUUGUGUGUGGCUGCCCUGCCUGUCCCGCAGAGCCCCAGUCCUGCCAAGACGCUCAUCCUCCAGGGCCUGCCUGGCAUGGACCAGAACCGACCUGUUGUGCUCUCGCAGUCAGUCUGCCUUGGCUCGACCCCAGCCAUCGUCAAGGUGGAGCCUGUAUCACCCAGCAUUCCCCACUGCGCCGGGCCACCUGCCACCCCCGCUGCCAAGCCCAUCAUUCCCGCCACGUCUCUGCCAGGGAACAGCGCCAACGACAUCGACAUGAAGGUGCUGAAGAGGCAGCAGCGCAUGAUUAAGAACCGGGAGUCCGCAUGUCAGUCACGCAAGAAGAAGAAGGAGUACCUGCAGAGCCUGGAGGCCCAGCUGAAGGAGGCGCAGCGGGAGAACGAGCGGCUCCGCAGGGAGAACCAGGCGCUGCGGGAGCGGCUGGCUGGGAAGGAGGGAGGAGAAUCAGGCGGCAACAAGAGAGCCGUGUGCGUCAUGGUGGUGCUGCUCUUCAUCACCUUCAGCUUCAGGCCCGUCAGCAUCACAGACAGGAAGUUAGAGUCUGGGUUACAGGAAGAAGCAGCCCCUCUCACUGGGAGACACCUACUUGAAAUUGGGCCGGCCGAGGAGAGCGCCAGGAUGCGUGAGAGCGAGAGGACACCGGUGGAGCGGAUAGAGAGUGAGGAGGAGGGCGAGGAAAGGUGGAGGAGGGGCGAGAUGGAGAGAGAGUCUGCAGAUUCCUACCAGCUAAGAAACCUAAGCGGUGUCUUCAGCGACAUGAAGGACCUGGUUCUACCAGACCUUGACCGUUACUUCACCGCCUCAGACUGCCGGCAGUUUAACCGCUCCGAGUCCCUCCGGCUCGCGGAUGAGCUACGGGGCUGGGCCCACAGGCAUCAGAUAGACCGGAAGAAGUCUGGAAGAAAGCCGAAGAUAGUGAAGAAGGCCAGGGUAGCUCAGAAAUCCCAGCAGAGGAAGAUGAAUUUCUCCAGAUACCUUCCCAUCCAGACACACAGCUCGAUGGAGAGUCAGUUGCAAGUGUUUCCAGGACCAGAGGUCACCUACAGUGACUUCCUGGACGCCAUUGACCGGCGUGAAGACACGUUCUACGUGGUCUCCUUCCGGCGGGACCACCUACUGCUGCCGGCCAUCAGCCACAACAAAACCACGCGGCCCAAGAUGUCCCUGGUGAUGCCAGCCAUGUCCGUUAAUGAAAGCAUGUAUGAGUCCUCCCAGGGCUACGAGAUGAUGAUGCAGGUCGACUGUGAGGUCAUGGACACCCGCAUCAUCCCCAUCAAGGCCUCCGCUGUGCCCCCGUCCCUGCGGGACCCCCCACCACCUCCCCCCUCCCAUCACCACCCCAGCAACCACACGUCCUUCCGCGGCCGUCACUCCCAUGGCUCCGGGCAGGCAGCAGCAACUGCCGGCAGAAGGGAAGCAGACUAUUUCAUCAGCCAGGAGGGGGGUGUUUGAGAGUAAGGGAGGCGAGGCAGGCGUCCCGGGGGGCAGGGAGGGGCAGGGACACUGAAGGGGAACUGUUUUGAACAGGUUGGGUGUGUGCAGUAGAUGUGGAAUGGGGGGUAAUUAUUACAAGAAAUAUGUAACACACAGCGUUCUAGCACUGUAUUCGACCAAUGGAGGAGUACCUUUCAGGAUACUGUGUGCUGUCUAAGGAGUGUCCUGAACAUCAUUUGGUGCAUAUAAUUUUUGUUUGUUUGUAUCGCCAGUGCGAGCGUGAGGCAGCUAAAUGGCUUAUCUGUGUAAAUCGAAAACCCCAACGAUCGUUCCCCUAGCCACCAUCUGCGCGCCUCACCGCGAGUCCGGGAGUGACGGCCAAGCAGGUGUGACUUUCACUCCCCCUGCGCUGUUCAUGGAAGCAGCCUAUGGUCCAUUGCACUUAAGGACAUUAAAGUAACAAGUGUG